AUGGCUUUCUUGCCCUUGCUCUUCGUGCUCGUGCAAAGCCUGAUCCAGUACCCGCAGCCUGCUGGGGAUGGGCUGGAUGAGGGCACGCACCGGCGAAUGCGGGAGCGUCAGGAGCUGCUGGAGCGUGAGAUGGCUCGGCUGCUGCGGGAGCUGGAGCAGGGCCCCUCAGAAGAGCUGGACGAGGGCUGGGGAGCUGCGCUCUUUGUUGCUCUGCAGCAGUGGCCGUUCUGGGUUCUUGCUGGAUUCCUGCUCCUCUUGGGCCUGUGGUUUAGCCGUGGGACAAGGAGCCGUGAAGCCAGCAGCAGCGGCAAGGAUCUGAGCUCCUGCAAGAUCUUGCGAAAUGAGAGAGGAAAAGAACAGGAAGAAGACAGUUUUUAUUCAGCGGAAGGCGGAGAAGACACGGCUGUGACUGUGGAGGCAGAUGAGAGCGGCAGUGGAAAUGACCGAGAGGGCAUUCCUCUAUGUGCCAGUGACAGAGACGACGAUGAUGCCAUUGAAGGUGAUGAUUUGGAAGUAGAUGGCAGCGACAGAGGAAAUGACCGAGAAGGCAGUCCUGUGGCUGCAAAUGAAGGAGACAACAGUGAUGCCAUAGAAGGUGAUGAUGUGAAGACAGAGGAAGACGGCGAUGCUGAGCGUGACAAUGGCUAUUACUUAAAGAAAGAUGAAGGACGGAGUGAUAGGAAUGUGCCAGGAGACAACACUGCUCAAGGAAAUGAAGAGGAAUCUGGCAAUGUUGCGGCAAAUACAGAAGGCCUAGAUGAAGCCAGUGAAGGGGAAAAGAAGGAUGUGCUGGUGCAGCAAGACAAGGACACUGGAAAGGAAGAAGGACACGGAAAUGAAGAAGGAAAAACCAGUGGUACGAAUAGGAAGGCAGACAACAAUGAUGAUGUAAAUGAUGGUGAGGACAUUGCAGAUGGAAAGGAGGAAUAUGUGGAUGUGAGGGUGCAGGAAAGCAGUGAAGCCAGUGAACAGAGAAGCGGCGAUUGGACUGGGCAGGAAGAUAGCAAUGACUGUGGGAAUGAAGUAGACCAUAGUGCUCUUUCUGCAAGUGAGGAAGAAAAGAAGGAAACGAUAAAAGUAGAUGACAGUGAUAGAAAGAAGGAUGAAGAACAGGGUGGUGUAAAUGUGGAGGCAAACAAGAAUGAGGAAAGGAAAGAAGACAAACAAGGUAACGUGUCUGCCAGUGAAACAGAAGGCAGUGAUGGUGGCAAAGAAGAAAGUGGCAAAUGCGGAAGAGAAGACAGAGAAGACACCCGAGAUGUUGGGAAUAAGCGAGGCAUCCUUUUAGUGGAUUACGUACAGUGGCCUGUGGAGGAACUGGAGAGAGGUCGCUCAGUGACAGCUGAGCUGAUGGAGAGCUUUGCGCGUGUCUUUGUGGAUAGAGUGAGCAAUAGUUUCUACCCAGUGCCUCAAGAAGCCAUCGGGGUGGGCAGUGCCUUUGAGGGCUGGAGUCCCCCUGACUGGGAUGGGGUGUACCGCGUGCUGGUCCCGCUGAAUCCCCCGCCAGGGCACGCCUUCCACCUAGAGCUGAACAGCACAGGGCAGACGGCCGCAAGGACCUUCAGUGUCCGCGUGGAGCUGGUGUGCACGUGCGAGAGGGAGCAGCUGGGCGAGAAGCUGCUGUGCUUCCUGCACCACUCGCAGAAGGAGCUGGAGCGGAAGCAUAAGCGCAGCCUCCUGGAGACACUCUGCACCGGCUCCUACCUGGACGUGGAGAAAACCUCCCACUGGUUCUACCAGCUGGUGAGAUGCUCCUGGCGGCAUGUGCCUCAGUCAGACUCAUGGCACUUGGCGUUUCAGCCCUGCAGCCGUUCCUGCCAAUUCCAGCUGAGCAAAGGCAGGAAGAGCCUGACGGUGGAGAUGCUCUUUGGGGUGCGCCAAGGGGACUCUGAUAUCUUUGUGGUCAGCCAGCCCACAGAGGCCCAGAAAGGCGGCUCCAGCACCUUUGUGAGCAGCCAGCCCCCCGAGGCCAACUUCAUCGCAAGCACAGCGUGGCCGGAGACGUACGCUGUGGCGGAGGCGAAAUUCUUCCGGCACAUCGCCAGGCAGGUGCCCUGUGAGAGCCUGCACCUGAAAUGCCUGCAGGUCUUCACCUGCGUCCUGAGGGGCACAGGUUUUUCCAGCUCUGUCUGGAAGACUGUGGUCAUGCACGUGCUGACCACCGUACCGCUGUCCCGGUGGUGCAGGAGGGAAUUUGCGCGGCGGCUGUGGGACAUCAUGGCGUACCUGCGCCGCUGCCUGCAGUCGAAACGCCUGGAGCACUUUGUGCUAGGCAACGAGAGGCUUCCUGCAGAGAUCAGCUUGCCACUGGCAAUGCGCAGGGUUGAGCCGCUCAACCUCUUUGAGCACCUGGCCCGAGAUCCGGCGGCCCACAGAGAGGCGAUGCAAGCUUAUGGUCAGCUGCGGUUUCGCCUCUGGGUGCUGCUCUCCAGCCACUGA